GCGUCUGUUCACCGUGAAGCCAAACAGCGCCUGCAAUGACGCCCGAGGGUAGAGGACAUCUUCACAUCACUAAUCAUACGGUGGCCGUGAGGCAGGAAGCCAACGAAGGGUGAGAAAUUUUAACGUGCCCGUCGCACGCGAAGUCCGCUUUUUGUGUGUUGCGCACAGCUCGGGCGCUCUUGGCUGUCCCCCCGCGUGCCACGGCGCUGUAAUAGCGGGAGCCUCCGGGACUCAGCGCGUCUCUGCAGAGGCGGCGGCGGCGGUGCCACGGGGAGCGGUGUUCUUGAGGAGUCAGGUCUGGUCUGGAGACGUUUCUGGGGAGACGACGGGAGCGUCUGAAUGGACCGGCGUGGAAUAUGGGGAAUUCGGGAUGCGAUGAAGCGCGCUCUCCCACCGCGCUACACGGCUCCUGCUUGGACCGCAAGUUGUGGUGAAAGUUUCGUGAAGCUCUCACCCGGAGAUGCCCCGACUACACCGGGGAGUCAACUGAACAAAUAGCCCGGCUCGAUAUCUGCGCAGCUGGGGGAGAACGCGCACCGAACAACUAUGGAGUUACUCUUAUGGAUGUUUGCCUUAAACUUUUUCCCGUGCUGGACUUCAGUUGACGCACAGAUGGGGUUUGACGGCCCUCUCUCUGCACAGGAGCAGAUGUACAUCCUGUAUGAAAUCAAAAUGCAGUGCUACCAGAACCUUUCCAACAUGGAAUCAACAGAUGAGGUGUGCCCUCCAGACUGGGAUGGUCUGAUUUGUUGGCCGCAUGGCACCCCAGGGCGGGUUACCAAGGUCCCCUGCCCAUCUUACAUCUAUGACUUCAAUCACAAAGGACACGCUUACAGGAAGUGUGAUGUCAACGGUUCGUGGGUAUUUGUGGACCUUUGGAACAAAACAUGGACCAACUACUCUGAGUGUCUUCGCUUCCUCCAGCCCUUCAGUGACGAGGACGGGAGACAAGACUUCUUCGAACGCCUUUAUGUCAUGUAUACCAUCGGCUACGCUGUAUCCUUCAGCUCUCUGCUAGUGGCCAUUGUGAUCAUUGGAUACUUCAGGCGGCUUCACUGCACCAGAAACUACAUCCAUAUGCACCUGUUCGUUUCCUUCAUGCUACGGGCAGUCAGCAUCUUCGUGAAAGACAAAGUUGUCCACUCCAGCGCUGGGCUGCAGGAUUUUGACUCUGCCCUGAUGGACAACUUAAAAACAGUUAGCAUAGCAUCACUUGACAAGUCUCAGUAUAUUGGCUGCAAGGUGACAGUGUUACUGUUCAUCUAUUUCCUGGCCACCAACUAUUACUGGAUCCUGGUGGAAGGCCUCUACCUCCACAGUCUCAUCUUUAUGGCCUUCAGAUCAGAUUCCAGAUACCUCUGGGGCUUCAUACUUAUUGGAUGGGGUGUCCCUGCUGUUUUUGUGGCCGUGUGGGCGAUUGUCAGGGCAACACUGGCAGAUGCAAGGUGCUGGGAGUUAAGUGCUGGUAACAUUAAAUGGAUCUACCAGGUUCCCAUUUUGACAGCAAUUGGGCUCAACUUCAUUCUGUUUGUGAACAUCGUGCGAGUGCUGGCUACUAAAAUUCGAGAAACAAACGCGGGGAGAUACGACACCAGAAAACAGUACAGAAAACUGGCAAAGUCGACCCUUGUGCUUGUGCUGGUGUUCGGCAUCCACUAUAUCAUCUUCGUUGGGAUGCCUCAUACAUUCCAUGGACCAAGCUGGGAGAUGCGCAUGUACUUUGAGCUCUUCUUCAACUCAUUUCAGGGCUUCUUUGUGUCCAUUAUCUAUUGCUACUGCAAUGGAGAGGUCCAGACAGAGAUAAAGAAGACGUGGACUCGCUGGAACCUGGCCUUUGAGUGGGAGGGCCCAGUAGUCUGCGGCCGUUACCGCUACGGCUCUGUGGUUGUCGGCCUGAACAACAACAGCACCAGCAGCCAGUCCCACCUGGCUGGUGGUGGGCCUUCCACGCGCUCCACCACGCUCGUGUCCAGCCGUGUUUAUCGCAGCGCAGGUCCCUCCGGGAUCAGCGUCCACGCCACCCUCCCAGGGUACGUAAUCAGUAACUCAGAUCCUUCCAUACCCGAAGAACCGGAGGACAGUGGCCCCAAGCGGGUGGAUGAUAUCUCACUGAAGGAAAACCUGCCUGUUCUGAAUACGAGUGCGACGGCUGAGGACGAGGAGGAAGCACUGUAGCAGUGGUCAGAAGAGGCUGAAUAAAAGGUAGCCCAGGUGGGGCUUUGCAACCAUGUGACACUCCUGUUUAGGUCAAAGUCUGAAGAGGACAGCGAAAGCAAACCAAAAGUCUGACUGUACGAAGAAGACACGAAAAUAAGUGUAGUGUAAAUUCUGAUGAAGCUGUGUCCUGUAUGAAGAUGAAUCCUAGUUAAUGGCUCUGUUGUCAUACCACUCUCUUGAUACUGUUGAUAGGAGUCACCAAAAUCUGAAUCUUUGUACACACAGGCUGGUUAUGGUAAAAAAAAAAAAGAAAAAAUAGUAAUAAUAAUCAGUACUGAUAUGAUAAUGACUGAAAGGCUAACUGCAGUUGUUGGAAGCAUAUGCCAAGCUCUCCAACCUCCACACAUCACAGUGCCGUCUGCUUUGGCUUUCAAUGCUGCUGGUGGUUGAUGCAGGUUGUAAAUAAUUUGUACUGAAGUCGUGCAACAUGAGAGCACCAUGGGUGAAGCAAGCUCUCAGAAAGAAAAUAAGUCGCUGGUAAGUAAACAUGCAGAAGAGAAAUCUUCUUCUGGAGUGUUGGGAACUGAUGAAACUUCUUUCAAACAAGUCUUCAUGAAACUGAACGCAGAGUAAAUUACUGUAUAUCAUUUUCUCCACCUAGCCAAAACAGGUGUAGAAAAACAGCACCCCCUUAAACCCUUUCUAUUAGAGUCUGAACGCAAAGGUUGGAUCACACAUGGGGUUGAUGGAAACAAUAUAUAAUCCCUUUUGAGUUUCACUUAGUUGACAGGUAUCAUAGUUGAUCAUAUUUUGGCUGUUUUCAGGCCGAAAAUCAACAUGGCUGCCUGUAAACAAUCACCACAUGGCAUUUUUAUGGAAAUAUUUUUCUAAUUAUUAUAUAUACAAAUGAAUAAAUUGAAAUUGAAAGUUAUUUAUAAGUAUAUUGUAGUCACACUGUUGACAUAAGAUAAAUCUACACUUGACGCACACACUACUUUAUAAUGAAAACCUAAGAAAGAGGAGGAAGAACACACCUCGGAGCAGAUCAUGUGAUUUGAAUUUAACGCACUUACUUGACAGACGUAAUAUAAUAUGUCUGUAAGGGGUAAAACUAAUUUUGAACAAACUCAUUUUAUUAUUGUCUAGCUAAUUAGAAGGUGAUUGUUUUAAAUCCCAUGGACUUCAAAAGUCCCUCAAUUAUAUAUUGGCCUGAUGGCUUUAAUUGGCCAGACUCAUAAAAAUAGUUUCUUGCCUUUUUCAACGUUGAAUUUGAUUUCCAUUUAGCUCUCACUAUUGGCUUGUAUCAAAAUACAAUAAUUAAUGUGUUUAAUGAGGAAGAUUUUUUUUUUUCUUGACCAUAAUAGUAUUGACAUGAGCCAAACCGGGAGCUCCGGGGCAAAAAUGAAACCCUUGGAUAAAUGAGUUGCCACCAGCAGGACUGAUGAACGAGUCCUGAAAUCCAUCAAAUCUUUGCAGACACUUUUAUUGAAAAGCUAAAUUACAAGCUCUGAGUCAUGUUUCUGUUUUGUCACUUCCAAUCGCAGUUCGAGAUGUGCGCAGUUAUGUGCAUGGGUGCGUCAUUGAUCACACAAAACCAUCUCUACUGUGUGCGCUAAAUGAUAAAUAAUGAUAAUAAUGAUAAUAAUAAUAAAUAACGAUAAAUAAAUAAUAAAUAAUAAUGAUAAAUGUCUGUGGGAACAUUCACACAUGAGUGAACCACUGAAAACUGCAGAUGAUGGAGGCAGAGACACCUGUGUUUAGAGUGAAUUGUACUCGCUUGAAUUUUCGUCUGUGAACCGACUCAGAAGAUGUCAGUUGAUUCACACCUCUGCAAAAUGCUGUUUUAGACACAGCUGCCACCGCAUAGGGACUUUCAUUGAUGAUAUUUGGAGAGAUAACUGGAAAUAGAGAGGCUGCAUAUGCAUUCUUUAUUCCUCCUACUAAAAAUUUAUUCAACCUCCUUCAGGAAAAUUGAGCUCACUGUCACUUUUGGCAAUUUAUACAAGCUUCUAACCGACACCUCUGCAUAAUUACAGUUCCAGAAAAUGUGGGUAAAUGUGACUCAAGAAGAGGAUACAACCUCACCGUGAAUGCUGUUUAUGGACAGACUGAGUGUCAUGGUGAUCUACUGUGAUGUGCUUUCCUCUGCAUUCAGACCACAUUGUGAAUAAUCACCUAUUUUGUGAAGACCCUAAAGCAACAUGGACUGGAUCCAGAAUUUUGUGCGACCUUAAGCUGAAAUGGAUUUUUGACAGAACCACGCUGUGCACGUGACUUAUUUGUAAGGGUGCACCAGAAUGCGACAUUAAGGCAGCAUUAAAAUCAUUUUCUAUUUUCGACAAUCAGCUACCGCGCUGUCAGUGAAGCUCUACAUUCGGUGGUGCUUAACUGUUUUGUGUCUGCUUAGUGCAUGGGCAUGUUUGUCAGUGCAUUAGAUGCAAACGGAAUUGUGUGCCUCUCCUGCUCCGGCAAAAACUUAAAAAUACUUGACCUGAAAAGAUUCUUUUUAAGUUGUCUGUUCAAGUGCUGAAUGCGUUUUCCCAUUUUUCUCUGUGAUACUUGUUUGUGCUGCUCCUCUUCCCUGUUAACUGCUAAUAAAUGUUUUCAGCAACUACCUGAUCUACCUGAA